UAUCGUCGCUCGAGCUCUCGCAUGACUCGAGCGGUCGCCAAGCAGAGGUCGCUAUAUGGACCAAUACGUCUGGGGCCAUCACUUCUAAGCCAAUCGGAUGAAAUGGUCUAAACGGCGCUAGCGGCGAGUUUGCCCUGAAGGAACUCUCACAGCCUUUCAUAUAUUCCCAAAGUCAUCUCCUCCCUAUCUUUCUAUCCACAAGUCAAAGACCACAAAAUGUCAGAAACCAAAAGCGCAGAGUUCUAUGUCAGACCACCCUUCCGCUGGCAGGAGGCUCCGCAGCGAACAUCCUGUCCAUCCAAGUUCCAACAACCUACACCUCAGCGCGCCUGUCCUGCGCCGCCAUCAGAAGACCCCGACCCCGAAGAUCAAUUCCACUCCCACCUUAUGGUCGACCGCACGCUGGCCUUGCUGGAGGGUACCGAUGACUCUAUCGGCGUCUACUGCGUAUGCCAUGCUGCGUGCCGUUGUCGAGAGCAUUGCGUAGCCGCACCCAGAGACACAAAAUGCCCCUGCAACUGUUUCUACAAAGAGGUGCAACGUCUAGAGAUUCGCCGUCGCGCACUAGCUUCAAGUGCAAUUGAGGAGGCACAAGAAGUGGACGUACAAGAAGACUCACAAUCUCUGGAAGAGCGUCCCAUCACUCCACGCAGCCAAUCGGUUUACAGCCAAAAUUCCAUCCAAGCAAGCCUUCAGAACCUUCAAGUUUACACCCCAAACAACCUUCACUCGUCACUUCCGACAGAAGGCACCUUCAGCAUGAGUCGUGCCGAACUUUGGACACGACUCUCUCAACCUGGCCCACCCACACCCAAGACACCAAUGACUCCCACGAAAACCAGAUCCAGCAAAGGUUAGAAAUCUUUGUUCGGCCUCAGGAAGCGUGGAGCGACGAAGUGAUGGGAGUGAUGGGAGUGAUGGGAGCAAAGGGGAGUUCAUGUACAUCGGAAAGUCCUGUGGUGUGCUCACAUCUUUUAUUGUGUCGUCGCUGGCAAGAAGUGAAGCGUGAAGGGCGGCUUCAAGUGAGCAACGGUCAAGCCUGUGCUUGAAUUAUUUCUUUUUUCUGUUUUACAAGAAUCGUACUGUGGAUUAGCAGCUACCCCACUAGGCAGAAAGAAAAUCAAUCAUUGCUACUACCUGAA